UUUUUUAACGAAUUUAAUAUUAUUUAAUCCAAAAUAACAUAGGAAAUCAAAAUUUUUUGGCCCCAAAAGUUUUGGGGGUCUAAAGCAAAGAAUAGCAAGUAAGAAACCGUCAGCAAAAGAAUAGCAAGAGGAAGUUUGAGAAUUGAGAGCAUGGAUUGGUUGCUUUGACUGGGUUUUAUUUUUCAGUGUUGUACUCUACACAGACACUUCAAAGGUUGAAGAUGAACAUGGACUUUUCCGAGUCUACAAAAGUUGUAUAUAAUCGAAUUCAGAAACUAGAGCCAGAAAAUGUGUCUAAGAUAAUUGGUUAUCUCCUUUUACAAGAUCAUGGUGAACAGGAUAUGAUUAGAUUAGCGUUUAGUCCCGACAAUUUGAUCCAUUCCUUGAUUAAUAAAGCUAAGAAAGAUCUUGGAUUAUCAUCCAAACCAGCCAUUUCUGGUCCUCUUUCACCCCCCUUAGUCAAUCGAGCAUUAUCUUCAGACAUUCCCUUGAACUUUGUUCCAUUCUCAUCAGCUUCACCUCGUCCCUUUUCGACUCUUCAAGUUGGAAAUCCAUACUGGGAGCCUCAAGGUCAUGCCGAAAAUCAUCCAAUUCAUACCUUGGAUUUUCUACCUGUUGGUUGCUCGGAUACUAUGACCGAUGAACGCCAACUCCCAAACCAACUUCAGUUCUUAUCUUUAGAUGAUCAGUCAGACCAUGUUAAUUCAGAAUUCUCCGGCGACCACUAUUUCUCUGUAUCUGCAUUAGGCCCAAGAUCGAGUCGAAGGUCUCCAAGCUUGCCCGAGUUUCCUGUUAAGGUCUGCCAUUAUUUUAACAAAGGCUUUUGUAAGCAUGGAACCAACUGUCGGUACUUUCACGGCCAUCCAAAUCCGGAAAGCUUCUCCCAAGUCUUCAACUCAAACUUAAAUGAAAUGGGAAGUGAUGAACAUAUCUUCAAGCCUGGAUCUCUAGAGAAAAUAGAGAUGGAACUUACCGAGCUUCUCAAAUCUAGACGGGGUCUUCCUGUUUCAAUUGCUUCGUUGCCUAUGUUGUACUAUGAGAAGUAUGGGAGGACACUUCAGGCUGAGGGUUAUUUGACCGAAAGUCAAAGACAUGGGAAAGCUGGAUAUAGCCUGACUAAGCUCCUCGCUCGAUUAAGAAAUAGCAUUCGUGUCAUCGACAGGUCCAACUUGCCCCAUGGACAGCAUGCCGUUAUUUUAGCUGAGGAUGUUCCAAAAUAUAUGGAGUACAGUGGCGAAAGAAAUGAACACGGAGCAAUUGUAGCCGGUUCUCGCCAGAUUUAUCUGACCUUUCCGGCUGAGAGUACCUUCAGCGAGCAAGAUGUUUCCAACUAUUUCAAUCAAUUUGGACCAGUACAAGAUGUUAGGAUUCCUUGUCAGCAGAAGAGAAUGUUUGGGUUUGUAACUUUUGUUUUCCCAGAGACAGUUAAGCAGAUCCUGGCAAAGGGGAAUCCUCAUUUAGUUUGUGGUGCACGUGUUUUGGUGAAACCUUACAGGGAAAAGUCCAAGCUUGUAGAUAGAAAAUGCCUCGAGAAAGCUUAUCAAGCUUCCUACUAUAAUUCCUCGUUCAUUGACGCAGAAUCCGAACUCCAAUCUUCACCUAGAGUCUGUGAAAAUUCAAGACUAAUGAAAAAACAACUCAUGGAGGAACAAGAGCGUGCAAUUGAGUUUGAGAGGCAGCAUUUUCCAGAGUUGCAAUUAGCUGCAAAAACUUUGCAUCAUCAAAUGCGCCUUGGUUACUCAGUAGAGGAUUUGAAGCUUAGAGAAGGUUCUUUAACAUGCCGUAGCGAAAAACUGGAGUUCCCAUCAGCCGAGAGUUUUAAUUACCUGCUAGAUGUAUAUAACAAUGGUUCCACCAGCGAGGACAAAGCUAGGCACGUUAAAAUGAGUCACUGUGACCAAGAAGGUGGUCAAGGAUUGAAUCUUCCAGAUAGCCCGUUUGCAUCUCCAAUAAGGAAUGGCAUUUCAACUGUCAUUUAGGUUCAGAAACACAGAAGGAUUAUAGAGUUUAAAGAGGACUGAGUUUUGGAAAGCAGUUCGUUGGUUCGACACAUAAAAGUACUUUUCUUCCUAAAUAUUUCCAUAAAACAGUUACUAUUAAAUAGUUGCUCAACUGCCUGCAAAUACACCUGAUCCUACAGAAAGCGCGAGAAGUUAUUCGUUUUCAUUUUUUAGGUGAACAUCAUAAGAGAAUUACAUAGAAAAAGAAUCGCGACAUGUAACAAGUUUCAUAGGUUUUCAGCUUUGAUAAGAAGUUAAUGAUAGGGAGCAAGUUUGAUGCUUGCUUUGCAGGUUUUAGAAGUUAAAAUGUAAUUAUGGUUUUUUUUCUAAGUGUGAUGGAGAAGAAAAUAGGCUCAGAUUCAGAGUUUGGUGUCCAUUGUAGAGCUCUCUGCUACUUGACAGAAAUGCUAAAUGUUGCUAACAAUAAAGUUAUACAUAGUUUUCAUUUCUA